GGGUUCAUGCAAUACUACUGAGACAACUAGGCACAGCUUAGCACACAGAUACAGCAUAACGUCUAUUUCAGCCCCGCUGUAAGUGAUACCGCACUAAGGAACACUUUCAUCAAACUCCGUUGGGGGACAGAACACCACCCAGGCUACAGCCCAUUUACGUGUUAUUUUUUUGUUUCUGAAUAAUAACCUUUACAAAAAAUAAACAGUGCCGACAGAGCUGAAGUUUUCAGUAAUCGUACCAAACUGUUUCAUUUUUGUGCGCUCUUGGAUGGAAGUUUAUGCGCUUGUUAAAACGCUGUUACACAUGCUCAAUGAAACGGUCUUCCAUACAAGCGAUUUGCACCAUUUGUUGCAAGAGAGAGCAUUUUAAAACACACGCAGGCUAGGGCUAUUUCAUGUAAAUCAAGCGACUUGGACCAUCAGCAUCUCUCCUGCCGCCCGCGAUUGAACCACAGUUAACCCAAGAUAUCUGAAGAGGAAUUACAUAGGCUCUUUGAGUUACAAAAAUAUUCUGCAAUCAAUGCUUUUGCCUCCCGCAUGCGGACCAUAGACUUUUUUAGGACAUGGAUCAUUUGCUGUAGUGGAUAACCCUAUUGAUGUGUGUUUUGUUUGAUUCACGCUACCGAAGAGGAUCUUUUUUUCUCCACUUUUCCACUUCAGUGUAAUUCUAUGGCACUUCUUCUUCUAAAGCACUGAUGUCGCUACGUGACGGGAAUUGCGAUUGAUUUUCCAUAUUCUCUUUCAAGGGAUAGAAGUGACAGAGUUGCAGCUUUAAGAAAAAAAUACUCCCACCCUCUGAUUAUGGACUUAGCAGGUCAAGCUCAUGUGCUGGUGGUGUUACUCACCUGCCUGGUCUUACUGUCCUGGGCCCAAGAGAAGGACUACACGGUGAGAGAGGAGCAGCCCGAGAAUGUUCGCAUCGGGAACCUACGGAAGGACUUGGACCUGAACCUUGACCCUGACUUCAAGCUGUCCUCGCCACUGCAGUUCAAGCCCGUCUACAAAACGGGCGAUGUGCCUUUGGUGAGGGUAGAGGCCAACACCGGGGAGAUCUUCACCACGGCUCAUCGUAUCGACCGAGAGAAGCUCUGCUCGGGAGUAUUCAACGAGAAGCGCUGCUUCUACGAGAUCGAAGUAGCCGUUCUGCCCGACGAGAUCUUCCGUCUGGUUAAGAUCCGGUUCCUGAUUGAGGACAUCAAUGACAACGCUCCACUCUUCCAGUCCACCGUAAUAAACAUCUCCAUCCCAGAGAACACAGCCAUCAACACCCGGUACCCCGUGCCCUCUGCAUUUGACCCAGAUGUGGGGAUCAAUGGGAUCCAACACUAUGAACUUGUUAAGAGUGUAAGUGAGUUUGGCCUAGACAUCAUCGAGACCCCAGAGGGAGACAGAUGGCCUCAGCUGAUCGUCCAGCAGAGCCUGGACCGCGAGCAGAAGGACACCUUCGUCAUGAAGAUCAAGGUGGAGGACGGAGGAACGCCACCCAAGUCCAGCACGGCCAUCCUCCAGGUCACCAUCUCCGACGUCAACGACAAUCGGCCGGUCUUCAAGGACAGUGAGGUGGAGGUGAACAUCCCCGAGAACGCCCCCAUAGGAACCUCCGUCACCCAGCUCCACGCCACAGACGCAGACCUCGGCUCCAACGCCCAGAUCCACUUCUCCUUCUCCAACCAGAUCUCCUCAUCCACCAAGAGGCAUUUUUCCAUAGACAGCACCACCGGGCUGAUCACUGUUAAGCAGCCCUUAGACAGAGAAGCCGCUCCGGUCCACAAACUCAUCGUCCUGGCCAGCGAUGGCAGCUCCACCCCCUCCAGAGCUACGGUUAUCGUCAACGUAACGGACAUUAAUGACAACGUUCCGUCCAUAGACACUCGGUAUAUAAUGAACCUUGUAAAUGGAACGGUUCUACUGUCAGAGAACGCUCCUCUCAACACAAAAAUAGCCCUAAUUACAGUGACGGACAAGGACUCGGAUCUGAACGGCAAAGUGACUUGUUACACUGACCAUGACGUUCCUUUCAGGUUAAAGCCAGUCUUUAAUGACCAGUUCCUGCUGGAGACUGCGGCCCCCUUAGAUUACGAAACAACCAGGGAAUAUGCAAUUAAGAUAGUAGCGUCGGAUUCAGGGAAGCCUCCUUUGAACACUUCAGCGAUGGUUUUAAUAAAAAUUAAGGACGAGAAUGACAACGCUCCCAUCUUCCCUCAGCCUGAGAUUCAGCUGUCCAUACCAGAGAACAAUGAUCCAUCCACGCAGCUCAUAAAGAUCAGUGCCACGGAUGCAGACAGCGGACAUAAUGCAGAGAUUAUUUAUUCUCUUGGCCCUGACGCGCCUGAUGGGUUUAACAUAGAUAGACGGUCAGGAAUCCUCUCCGUUGGCAAACGCCUGGAUAGAGAGAAGCAAGAGAAGUAUUCGUUCACUGUCAUGGCGAGGGACAAUGGGUCUACUUCGCUGCAGAGCAAUGUCACAGUGAGGUUAAUAGUGCAGGACCUCAACGACAACAGCCCAGCUUUCACCCAUCCUGAGUAUAACUUCUACGUGCCUGAGAACCUACCUUUGUACGGGACCGUGGGUCUGAUCACCGUCACAGAUUCUGACGCAGGUGACAACUCUGUCAUAACACUGUCCAUCCUGAACGGGAAAGACAAUUUUCUUAUUGAUCCCCAGACCGGUGUAAUCAAACCCAACCUCACAUUUGAUAGAGAGCAGCAGAGCUCAUACACUUUUAUGGUGAAGGCUAUAGACGGAGGGCAACCACCCAGCACUUCAUACGCCAAGGUCACCAUAAACGUUGUGGAUGUCAAUGACAAUCGACCCGUUUUUGUUAUCCCCUCAUCCAACUACUCAUACGAUCUGGUCCAGUCUACCACCAGCCCUGGGUCUGUGGUCACCAGGGUGUUCGCUAUAGACAAUGACACUGGCAUGAAUGCUGAGCUGCAGUACAGCAUCAUUGGGGGAUCACCAAGAGGGCUGUUUGCCAUAGACAAAACAACUGGUAAUAUAACUCUGCAGGAGAAGAUAGUCUCAGCCGAUCAGGGUUUACACAGGCUAGUGGUGAAAGUCAAAGACCUGGGCCAGCCAGAGUCCUUACACGCAAUCGCCCUCAUUCACCUGUUCAUUAACGAGACUGUAUCCAACGCUACGUUCAUUCAAGAGCAGCUACGUAAGAGCUUGGAGACUCCAUUGGACCGCAACGUGGGAGACAGUGAGGUCACACCCCAAGCCAACGGAUACGUGAUUGUUGUCAUCGCUAUUAUAGCUGGGACUAUGACCGUCAUCUUAGUCAUCUUCGUGACAGCCUUAGUGCGCUGUCGUCAGACGCCCAGGCACAAAGUGGUGCAGAAGGGCAAGCAGAGCGGCGAGUGGGUGUCGCCCAACCAGGAGAACCGUCAAAUCAAGAAGAAAAAGAAGAAAAAGAAGAGAUCCCCUAAGAGCCUCCUCUUGAACUUUGUCAGCAUAGAAGAAUCCAAGCCUGAUGAUCCCAGCCAGGAGCACAUUAAUGGAACCCUGGACCUGCCUGUGGAGUUAGAUGAGCAGACCAUGGGGAAAUACAACUGGGCCACUACGCCGACCACCUUCAAACCUGACAGUCCAGACUUAGCCAAGCAUUACAAGUCUGCCUCCCCCCAGCCAACCUUCCAAAUCAAACCAGAGACCCCGAUGGCGCCCAAUAAACACCACGUGAUUCAGGAGCUCCCGCUAGACAACACGUUUGUGGUGGGCUGUGACUCGCACUCCAAGUGCUCCUCCACCAGCUCAGACCCGUACUCGGUCUCAGAGUGCAGCUGUCAGGGGGGAUUCAAGACUUCUGGGCAAAUCCACACCAGACAGGAGACGGGACUGAAACCACCACUCUAUGACACACUCUGUGGCUCAGGUACAACUCGCUGCCACAGGAUAAAAAUCAAUCUCUAGCUGCCAGUACCUAGAGAGAGAAAGAGAGAGGGAGAGAGAGAGAGAGAGAGGGAGGAAGGCACAGAUGAAGAGGUGGAUCUCAUACUAUACAGUCUCUACAGCCUCAAAACACCAACCAUCAAAAGGAAUAUGUUAAUUUGUUUUUAUUUUUUUUGUGGGCGAAAAAAAAAGAAGUAUUACUUGAAUAAUUUUCACCGAAAUGAAGACACGUUGUUGCCUGCCUGAAACUUGACAAAGCUCUACUUGUGAAUCCUGUAGGAGGGUUUGAAAUACUUUACAGAAACCCUAUACCAUCACUUAUCUCGUAUCUAUCUGCUAGACGAUGACACGUUAUGAUCUACCGCCCUGUAAAAACAAUGAAUAGUUAUUCUGUACUGUAUUCUGUAAAGUAUGUUUAUAUGUAUGUAUAUUUAUCACAGAGUUGACUAUGUUUAUAUUUAUUGAUUCUGUUUGAGUAAAGUUUGACCUACACUCUUAGAAAUAAGGGUUCCGUAGGGGUUCUAAGGCUGUUCCCAUAGGAUAACCUUUCUGGAUGCCAUGUAGAACCCUCUGUGGAAAGGCUCCUACAUGGAACUCAAAAGGGUUCUACCUGGAACCAAAAAGGGUUCUUCAAAGGGUUCUCCUGUGGGGACAGCUGAAGAACCCUUUAAUGUACUAGAUAGCACCCUUUUUUCUAAGAGUGUACCAGGAGGCUGUUUUAUGUCACUUGCUUUUGAAUCCAUUGAAUUCACUAUUUUUUGGGCUCAUGGAUAUAGUGACUGGUAAUGUAUGAUGCUGCAAUCUUGGCCUAAUGCAAAUGGACGUAAUGCAAAUUGGUCUACUGCUAAUGGGCCUACAGCAAAUGGGCCGACUAUGUGACUGUUCUGCCCAUGUCACCAUGUACCUUUAUGUCAAUGAUCGCCUCGUAUCAUCCCAUACAAUUACAGUGCCACUGUUACUGUUAGUAGUGAGGAGAGUGGCUAGUGUUAAUAUGUAUGGCCCACUGGACUGGAACACCACAGCUAGUGUAAGUACUGACGAGUGUGGCUAGUGGUUGGCCCACUGGACUGGAACACCACAUUGUCUACUGAUUGUCACCGUAGGACAGUAGGGAAUUGUACCUCAUAAUAGAGAGGAGAUCAAUAUUUUGAGCCACAAUCACAAGGGACCGAAAGGCUUUGUUCAUAAAAGAGGACCGUGGUUUAACCUUAGUGUACUAGAGUCAGGUAGACAGCUUCACAGUAGAGCACCAUGGUUUAACCGUAGUGUACUAGAGUCAGGUAGACAGCUUCACAGUAGAGUAUCAUGGUUUAACCUUAGUGUACUAGAGUCAGGUAGACAGCUUCACAGUAGAGCAUCAUGGUUUAACCGUAGUGUACUAGAGUCAGGAAGACAGCUUCACAGUAGAGCACCAUGGUUUAACCGUAGUGUACUAGAGUCAGUCAGACAGCUUCACAGUAGAGCACCAUGUUUUUUGUACCUGUAUUUAACUAGGCAAGUCAGUUAAGAACAAAUUCUUAUUUUCAAUGACGGCCUAGGAACAGUGGGUUAACUGCCUUGUUCAGGGGCAGAACGACAGCUCUGGGAUUCGAUCUUGCAAACCUAUCGGUUACUAGUCCAACGCUCUAACCACUAGGCUACCUGCCGCCCCGUCAGUUAGAGUCAGACAGCUUCACAGUAGAGCACCAUGGUUUAACCGUAGUGUACUAGAGUCAGACAGCUUCACAGUAGAGCACCAUGUUUUAACCUUAGCGUAUCGGAGUCAGUCAGACAGCUUCACAGUCACAGCCGAUCUAACCUGUGAGAUAUAUUGUUACAAAUUUUAAAAUGAUUAUUCCAAAUGGUAAAACUCAGGCAGUUCGUUGAUACCACUUGGUUGGUCUAAAGCAAAAAAAACAAGUAAUGCAAACUUUUUUUUUUCUGCACUAAUUUAUAUUGCCGCAUGAUUUAUUCAAUUGAAAUUAGGAGGGAUAAACAUUGGACACCGACACGGGUAGAUGUAGAGCAAGCAACAUUCAGCAGGAUUCAAUAUAUUCACAGCAAUAAGGUGACGUUAGGAAGAGAGAAGGGUCUUUUGGUUCUGGUUUGGUAUCCACACAAAUAUAUGCCUCUACUGCAUUGUGUAAAACACUUGGAGUCAUUCAUCGUUGUUACGUCCUGAUCUUAAUUACUAUCUUCAAUACUACACUAAUAAACAGCUUGGUUUGGUUAGCACUGUUGUUAAUAGUCAUGAUGUUUAAUGGUUGUCUUAUAAAGAGACUGCUUUGGUAGACGAGGCUGUAUGCACAGUAUGUAUGUCACAUAUACGAUACCUUCCUAAUGAUUCAAAUCGUUUCUGGAGAAGGUACCGGAUGUAAUUAUGGUAUCAAAUGUAACACUACUGAGUAGAACCACAGUGUGAACUAUACAGAGCAUCUUAGCACUGCAAUCAUCAUUAGAUGUACCCGAUCUUUGGGAGAAAAGAGAAAAAAACAUACAUAAAUACAUGAGACAAGACAGCUUCUGUUGUACGGGAGACAGAUGACGAUGAAAUACCAGCCUCACUUUUAUUCAAUGUGAAGUACAAUAUGCUCCUUACCUACUCUUUGUAAUUAAAUUUGAUUUGCCAAUUAUGUGAAGAAAAAGUGUAUAUAAAUGUUUUUGUUUAUGUAUGUGUGAGCUUCUGGAAUUUAUUAAAGUCUUUUUGCAUUGUA